UUUAUUAAAAAAAAAUUAAAUUUUAUAAAAAUAAAAACAAAUAAAGACAGCAAGACCAAAAUGAAGUUUGAAAGAUUUUUGUCUGCAGUUAGUAAAGCCAGGAAACCAAGCCCCAUUAGAAUGGCAACUGCUUUGAUGCUGCGUAGUCCACUGUCGACUAUAUCAUUGGGUGGAGGAUCUCCCAAUCCUUGCACAUUUCCUUUCCGAAAACUGGAUGUGGAGAUAAGUAAUGGAACUAAUAUAAGGAUAGAAGGAAAAGAAAUGGAUAGAGCUCUUCAGUAUUCACAAUCUGACGGAAUUCCCGAAUUAAAAGAUUGGUUGAAACGAAUUCAAAAACAUUUUCAUCAGCCUCCAUUAAUGAAUGACUCAAAUGAAAACGAACUAGACCUGUGUGUAACAGUCGGAAGUCAAGAUGGCCUUACAAAAGUUUUUGAAAUGCUUCUUUCUCCUGGUGAUAACAUGCUAUUAGAUGAUCCUAAUUAUCCUGGUUCGCUUGCAUUUUUGCAACCAUUACCAAUUAAUUUAUUGCCUGUUGACACAGAUGAAUUUGGAAUGAAGUCUAGUAGCUUACGCGAAGCUCUUAGUGCUUGGAAACCAUCUGAUGCUUUAAAUCCAAAUUCUGAUAUUCCUAAAGUUUUAUACACUAUCCCAAAUUGCGGGAAUCCGACAGGUGCUUCUGCUUCUACUGGAAGAAAAUUGGAAAUAUAUAAAAUCGCCCAAGAAUAUGAUCUUAUCAUCGUUGAAGAUGAUCCUUAUUACUUUUUACAAUUUAAUGAAACCGUUGCACCGAGUUAUCAGCAAUUGGAUACGGAUGGUAGAGUUAUUAGAAGCGAUUCAAUGUCCAAAGUUUUAUCAUCUGGUAUGAGAUUGGGCUGGAUUUCUGGAGCAAAACCAUUUAUUGAUAGACUUGUUUUGCAUCAACAGGCGACUCUUUUACACAAUAGUACGUUAAUUCAAAUGUUGGUUUGGAAACUUUUAGAAAAAUGGAAGUUAGAGGGAUUCGAAAAACAUUUAAAGGAAACCAAAACGUUUUAUGAAUCGCAGAAAAAUGUAAUGAUUGAAAGUGCUAAUAAAUGGCUAACAGGUCUCGCUGAAUGGAAUGUUCCCCAAGGUGGGAUGUUCCUUUGGAUCAAAUUAUUAGGAAUCGAUGACACAACAGAGUUGAUUCAAAAGCGUGCAAUGGAAAAAGAAAUCAUAUUAAUUCCAGGAUCAGCUUUUAGUGUAAAAGAAAAUGUGAAAUCGUCAUACUGCAGAGCGUCGUUUUCAUUAUCAUCCCCUGAAAAUAUUGACGAAGGGAUACGAAGACUAGCUGAACUGGUUCGCGAAGAGUUGGAUAGAAAACACAAAUAAAAUGUGGAUUACUGUAGUUAUAAAAUGGUGAUCUGUAUUAUGCACAAGCCUUCAUGGCGCUGGCUUGCUGCAGCAUUUUGGAGUCGUAGAGUAAUGAAAUCACUUGAAAAAUACCACAGGUAUACUCGAGUCUGCUUUUAAGCUUAUAGUUGGUUUUAGAUGUAGUUUGUCAAUUAUUCUGGGUGCAAUUUAUCAUUUGUAUGUUUGUUGAGAGAUGAUUGUCUUGACUUUAUUGUGAUGUUUUACUGCUUAGCUCAAGUUUCAUCUUGUAAUUUUAGAAAAAUUGUAAUGUUUACCUAUAAAAAAUUCAGCCUUUUUUAAAAUACUUUAUUCUUCAAUCUGGUACUUUCUCUAUUAACCAUGACCUUGUAUCGGAAUGAUUUGUACUAACUCCCUAGUGAUCUCACAUAAUUGGCAGCUGUUACUAAUUGAUUAUUAUUCUUGCAGCUUAUUUUGCUAAUUCUCCUCUCCCUCGAAAAAAUAUAUAACUAAGGCAACACUGACUAUAAUGCAAGG